AUGACGACGGAGGUUUCGGGGGCCGAUGCGUCUUUCUUCACAAAGGCGAGGCUGGAACUGCUCGGAUGGAACUGGAGCCGGGUGGGCCGGUCCCGUCCCAGCCCAGCCAGUCCUUUCCUUCUAAACCGCUUUCCUUCCAAUGAAAAUAAAAGUGACAUUGUCAGCAGGUGGUCACUGCGCGGCCGAGGCGCUGGACGCCAUCCUUGCCGGUGGGGGGUUGCGCGUCAGUGGCCUGCGCCACAUUGUCCCCGAACCCGAACAGCCAGAGUACCCCGCGGAUUCCCUCAAUCCGUCCGGGUUACGCCUCACCAGAGCCCAGUUUACACCAAGCUCCCCCGGUCCUUGGUCCGUUAUUUAUUUGCUCCAGCUAUCCCAGCCCAGCAGAUGGUAAAGGGGAUGUCACCUGGCCCCAUCAUGAAAUAUCACUGA